AUGGUCAUUCUACAGCAGAUACUCUUGAGGAUGUACAAGCGUCGGGAUUAUGUUGAACUCUACGAGAAGGAUCAGGAGAAAUGGGCUUUAUUACGAAAUGUCAACACUGUGUUUAAACACACCACUCUACUACCGGGCGACUAUGUCUGGCUGGACCUAAAGACCGGCCGUGAAUUUGAGGUCCCGAUUGGAGCCGUGGUGAAGCUCUGCGAUUCCGGUCAGAUCCAGGUUUUGGAUGAUGAAGGAAAUGAACACUGGAUCUCCCCCCAAAAUGCCAUCAACAUCAAACCGAUGCACCCCACCUCGAUCCAUGGGGUGGAAGACAUGAUUCGACUAGGCGAUCUGAAUGAGGCUGGAAUUCUCCGGAACCUUCUCAUCCGCUACAGAGAACAUCUCAUCUAUACGUAUACCGGGUCAAUCCUAGUGGCUGUAAACCCCUAUAAGCUGCUGCCCAUCUAUACAGCUGACCAGAUUCGCCUCUACACCAACAAGAAGAUUGGAGAGUUGCCACCACAUAUCUUUGCUAUCGCUGACAACUGCUACUUCAACAUGCAACGCAACAACAAAGAUCAGUGCUGUAUCAUAAGUGGCGAGUCUGGAGCAGGGAAAACAGAAAGCACCAAGUUGAUUCUACAGUUUUUGGCUGCUAUAAGUGGUCAGCACUCCUGGAUUGAGCAACAGGUUUUGGAGGCAAACCCCAUCUUAGAAGCCUUUGGGAAUGCCAAGACCAUCCGAAACGAUAACUCCAGCCGGUUCGGGAAGUAUAUUGACAUCCACUUCAACAAAAGAGGAGCUAUAGAGGGGGCAAAGAUUGAGCAGUACCUUCUGGAGAAAUCCAGAGUGUGUCGACAGGCUCGUGAUGAGAGAAACUACCACAUAUUCUACUGUAUGUUGAAGGGUAUGACUCCAGACCAGAAGAAGAAGCUCGGCUUGGGUAAAGCCACAGACUACACUUAUCUUACUAUAGGCAAUUGCACUGUUUGCGAUGGUCGUGAUGAUCAGAAAGAAUACUCAAACAUCCGUUCGGCCAUGAAGGUCCUCAUGUUCACAGACAAAGAGAACUUGGAGAUCUCCAAGCUGCUAGCAGCUAUUCUACACAUGGGCAACCUGAACUAUGAGGCUCGCACAUAUGAUAAUUUGGAUGCCUGUGAGGUGGUGCGCUGCUCAGAUUUGUCCACUGCAGCUGUUUUAUUAGAGGUGGACCUAAAGGAUCUGAUGAAUUGCUUGACUAGCCGAACCAUAAUAACCCGGGGAGAGACUGUGUCCACCCCUCUCAAUGUGGAGCAGGCCCUGGACGUCCGAGACGCCUUUGUUAAGGCAAUAUAUGGACGCUUGUUUGUGUGGAUUGUUGAGAAAAUCAACGCAGCCAUUUAUAAACCUCCAUCCCUGGAGCUUAAAGCAGUGCGGAGGUCCAUCGGACUGCUCGACAUAUUCGGCUUUGAGAACUUCACUGUUAACAGCUUUGAACAGUUGUGUAUCAACUUUGCCAAUGAAAACCUACAGCAAUUCUUCGUCCAACAUGUUUUCAAACUGGAGCAAGAGGAAUAUAACCUUGAGAACAUCAAUUGGCAGCACAUCGAGUUCACAGACAACCAGGACGCUUUGGACAUGAUUGCCAUUAAACCCAUGAAUAUCAUCUCUCUAAUUGACGAAGAGAGCAAAUUCCCAAAGGGUACAGACACUACCAUGCUGAACAAACUGAAUUCUCAACACAAACUCCAUACCAACUACAUUCCCCCCAAAAACACUUAUGAAACACAGUUUGGCAUUCAACACUUUGCUGGUGUUGUCUACUACGAGACCAGAGGAUUUCUAGAGAAGAACCGCGACACUCUUCACGGUGACAUCAUUCAGCUUGUACACUCCUCUAAGAACAAGUUCAUCAAGCAGAUAUUUCAGGCGGAUGUUGCUAUGGGGGCGGAGACCAGAAAGCGUUCCCCAACACUAAGCAGUCAGUUCAAGCGCUCUUUGGAGCUGUUGAUGCGCACACUGAGUGUGUGUCAGCCGUUCUUCGUUCGCUGCAUCAAACCCAAUGAGUACAAGAAGCCCAUGCUAUUUGAUCAUGAACUCUGCGUGAGACAGCUCCGAUAUUCUGGAAUGAUGGAAACCAUCCGGAUUCGCCGGGCCGGAUACCCCAUUCGCUACACUUUCGUUGAGUUUGUGGACAGAUACCGCGUUUUAAUGCCUGGAGUAAAACCUGCUUACAAACAGGAGGACCUGAGAGGAACCUGUCAACGUAUUGCUGAAGCUGUACUGGGCCGUGAUGAUGAUUGGCAGAUGGGAAAGACAAAGAUUUUCCUGAAGGAUCAUCAUGACAUGUUGCUGGAAAUUGAGAGAGAUAAGGCCAUAACUGACAUGGUCAUUCUCAUUCAGAAAGUUGUGCGAGGUUUCAAGGACAGAUCCAAAUUCCUGAAGAUAAAGAAAUCAGCUAUGUUGAUUCAGAAAACAUGGAGAGGCUAUUUCUGUCGGAAGAUUUAUGGAGCGAUGCGAGCUGGCUUCUCACGUCUCCAGGCCUUGUAUAGAUCUCGUAAACUCUACCAGACGUACCAUGUUGCACGGCAGAGAAUCAUUCUUUUCCAGGGCCGCUGCAGAGGGUGUCUGGUACGGCGGGCGUUCAGACAUCGUCUUUGGGCCGUCAUCACCAUCCAGGCCUACACAAGAGGCAUGAUUGCCCGCCGACUCUACAAGAGACUCAAAGGAGAGUACCGACGGCGUUUGGAGGCGGAGAAGAUGCGUCUGGCUGAGGAACAGAAGUUGAGGAACCAGAUGAGUGCCAAGAACGCCAAAGAGGAAGCAGAAAGGAAACAUCAGGAAAGACUGGCACAGCUGGCACUUGAGGAUGCAGAACGAGAGAAUAAAGAGCGAGAAGAGACACGGAAGAAAAAAGAAAUGUUGGACCAGAUGGAGAGAGCUCGUCACGAGCCGGUCAACGACUCUGAUAUGGUGGAUAAGAUGUUUGGCUUCCUGGGAACCACAAACUCGUUUCCUGGUCAGGAGGGCCAAGCACCAGCUGGAUUUGAGGACCUGGAGCGAACUCAUCGGGAGAUCGAGGAGGAAGAUCUGGAUGAAGCUCUUCCUCUUCCGGAGGAAGAUGAGGAAGACUUAUCAGAGUACAAAUUUGCCAAAUUCUCAGCCACGUAUUUCCAAGGCACGACCACGCACACUUAUGUACGGCGCCCACUCAAACAGCCUUUACUGUUUCAUGAAGAUGAAGGGGAUCAGCUGGCAGCUCUGGCCGUGUGGAUCACGAUUCUCAGGUUCAUGGGUGACCUUCCAGAACCUAAAUACCACACCGCUAUCAGUGACGGUGGUGAGAAGAUCCCGGUCAUGACCAAGAUCUACGAGACACUUGGCAAGAAGACCUACAAGAGAGAACUGCAGGCUCUGCAGGGAGAGGGAGAGGUACGAGUGAGAGAGAAAAAUCAUAAGAAAAGCAGUGUGCGUCACAAACUGGUGUCCCUUACCCUUAAGAAGAAGUCCAAGAUUACAGAGGAGGUGACCAAGCGUCUGAACGCUGGUGAAUACACCGUACAUGGGAACAGCAUGCUAGAGGAUCGACCGACAUCCAACCUGGAGAAGCUACACUUCAUCAUCGGCAAUGGCAUCCUUCGGCCAGGCCUUAGAGAUGAGAUCUACUGUCAGAUCUGUAAGCAGCUGAACCAGAAUCCCUCCAAAAGCAGUCACGCUCGUGGCUGGAUCCUCAUGUCUCUGUGUGUGGGCUGCUUCGCACCCUCUGAGAAGUUUGUCAAGUAUCUGCGUAAUUUCAUCAGUGAAGGUCCUCCUGGUUAUGCUCCAUACUGCGAGGAGAGACUCAGGAGAACGUUUGUCAAUGGAACAAGGACACAACCACCCUCCUGGCUAGAGCUUCAGGCCACGAAAUCGAAGAAGCCGAUAAUGUUACCCGUGACGUUUAUGGAUGGCACCACAAAGACCCUGUUGACGGACUCUGCGACCACAGCCAUGGAGCUCUGCAACGCACUGGCCGACAAAAUUAGUCUUCAGGAUCGAUUCGGCUUCUCCCUGUAUAUCGCUCUCUUUGACAAGGUGUCAUCGCUGGGCAGCGGUAAUGAUCAUGUGAUGGAUGCUGUUUCUCAGUGUGAGCAAUACGCUAAAGAACAGGGUGCACAGGAACGCAAUGCCCCUUGGAGGCUGUUCUUCAGAAAGGAGAUUUUCACGCCCUGGCACGAUCCUUCUGACGACGGUGUAGCGACAAACCUCAUCUACCAACAGAUUGUGCGCGGCGUAAAGUUUGGAGAGUACCGUUGUGAUAGGGAGGAAGAUCUGGCUGAGCUGGCGUCGCAGCAAUACUAUGUGGAUUAUGGCUCCGAGAUCCUUGUGGAGCGACUGUUGAGUCUCAUUCCAUCAUAUAUCCCAGACAGAGAGAUCAGCUCGAACAAAUCUGUGGAGAGAUGGGCGCAAUUCAUUAUGGCUGCUCACAAAAAGGGUAUCUACACUCAGAAGCGAGUGGACUCUCAGAAAGUGAAGCAGGAAGUUGUGGAUUUCGCUCGUUACAAGUGGCCUUUGUUAUUCUCAAGAUUCUACGAGGCCUUUAAAUGUUCAGGUCCCAGUCUACCAAAAAAUGAUGUGAUAGUUGCUGUAAACUGGACAGGUGUCUACUUUGUGGAUGAACAAGAGCAGGUUCUCCUAGAACUUUCUUUCCCGGAGAUCUCUACAGUUUCCAGCAGCAGAGGGGGUAAGCUUCAGGCUCAGAGCUUCACUUUGGCCACCAUCAAAGCCGACCAGUACACUUUUACUUCCAGUAACGCAGAGGACAUACGUGACCUGGUGGUGACCUUUCUAGAGGGUCUCAGGAAGAGAUCAAAGUUUGUUGUGGCCUUACAGGACAACCCCAGUCCAGCUGGCGAUGAUUCAACGUUCCUGAGCUUCCUGAAAGGUGACCUUAUUUUCCUGGACCAGGACACAGGCGAGCAGGUCAUGACCUCUGGCUGGGCACAUGGCACCAAUGACAGAACCAAAAAGAGAGGAGAUUUCCCUGCCAAUUGUGUCUAUGUGCUGCCCACCGUCAUUAGACCCCCGCCGGAUAUCGUGGCUUUGGUUACCAUGACACCAGACCAACGUCAAGAGUCGAUCCGGAUUUCCUACGUGCCUCUGUCAGAGAGUGAGGAGCGGAUAAAGCCGUAUACCCUGGAAGAAUUCUCAUAUGACUACUUUAGGCCUCCUCCCAAACACACCCUCAGUAGAGUGAUGAUCACAAAGAACCGAGGGAAGGACAAGCUCUGGUGCUGCACUCGAGAACCAAUCAAACAGGCUCUGCUGAAGAAAUGUGUGGCCCAUGAGGAGCUUUCACAGGAGGCAUGCAUGGCCUUCAUUGCUCUGAUGAAAUAUAUGGGCGAUUAUCCGUCUAAGCGGACGCGUUCUGUGAACGAGCUCACGGAUCAGAUCUUUGAGGGUGCAUUGAAGGCAGAGCCUCUUAAAGACGAGAUCUUCUGCCAGAUACUUAAACAGCUGACUGAAAACCAUAUCAAGUACAGUGAAGAGAAAGGCUGGGAGUUGCUCUGGCUUUGUACUGGUGUUUUCCCACCCAGUAACGUCCUCUUACCUCAUGUCCAGAGAUUCCUACAGUCCAAGAAACAUCAUCCACUGGCUCUUGACUGCAUGCAGAGAGUGCACAAAGCUUUACGGAAUGGUUCACGGAAGUACCCGCCUCACCUGGUUGAGGUUGAGGCCAUUCAACACAAGACCACACAGAUCUUUCACAAAGUAUACUUCCCCGAUGACACAGAUGAGGCAUUUGAGGUGGAGUCCAGCACAAAGGCCAAAGACUUCUGUCUCAACAUCUCCAGUAGACUGCUGCUCAAAUCCCCCGAGGGCUUUAGUCUGUUUGUCAAGAUCUCUGAUAAGGUGAUCAGUGUACCAGAGGGGGAUUUCUUCUUUGAUUUUGUCCGCCAUCUGACAGAUUGGAUAAAGAAAUCCCGACCUGCUAAAGAUGGUAUAGUGCCUUCAUUGACUUACCAAGUGUUUUUUAUGAAGAAGUUGUGGACAACCACAGUUCCAGGAAAAGAUUCCUUCGCAGAUUCGAUUUUCCAUUAUUAUCAGGAGCUUCCUAAGUACCUCCGUGGAUACCACAAGUGCUCCAGAGAAGAGGUUUUCCAGCUCGGUGCGCUAAUCUACCGUGUAAAAUUUGAAGAUGACAAAUCCCAUUUUCCCAGCAUUCCCAAGAUGCUGAAGGAGCUCAUUCCUCAGGACCUGAUACGCCCGCUCUCGCCUGAUGACUGGAAACGGUCGAUUGUGGCGUACUUCAACAGACAAGCUGGUAAAUCAAGAGAGGAAGCCAAAUUGAUGUUUCUGAAGAUCAUUUUUAAAUGGCCCACGUUUGGUUCUGCCUUCUUUGAAGUGAAGCAAACUACUGAGCCUCAUUUCCCUGAGAUUCUGCUCAUCGCCAUCAACAAAUAUGGAGUCAGUCUGAUCGACCCCAAGAACAAGGAUAUUUUAACCACGCAUCCCUUCACUAAGAUUUCUAAUUGGAGCAGUGGUAACACAUACUUUCACAUCACUAUUGGGAACCUGGUUCAGGGCAGCAAACUACUGUGUGAGACAUCACUGGGCUACAAAAUGGAUGACUUAUUGACUUCCUACAUAAGCCAGAUGUUGACCAGCAUGAGUAAGCAGCGGAAUUCUCGUGGCCACAGUAAGUGAACGUUUGAUUAGCGCGAGGCGGUAGAGCUGGUGCGC